AUGAGCGGAGUAUCGACGGCGGCGUAUUUUGCGCGGCGAGCGGCGCAGAAGGAGAGAGUUCGAAUCCUCUAUCGACGUGCUCUCAAGGAUACUCUCAAUUGGGCUGUCCAUCGCCAUAUCUUCUACCGCGACGCUUCUGAUCUGCGUGAGAAAUUCAAUGCCAACCAAGACGUGGAAGAUGUUGACAGAAUCGAUAAACUGAUUGCUCAUGGUGAAGCAGAGUACGACAAAUGGCGACACCCUGAUCCUUAUAUCGUUCCAUGGGCUCCUGGUGGCUCAAAGUUCUGUAGAAACCCCACUCCGCCUGCUGGGAUUGAGAUUGUGUACAACUACGGUCAAGAAGACAACCCAUAAACCUUACUUUCCUUAUUUUCAUACAUAUCAAUAAAAAUUCAACAGAUUGAAGCAUCCGGUGGCUUUAUGUUUCAGAAGAUUUAUUCAAGAACUUUCAAGGUUGAAACUUUGAGGAACCAAUUGUAGUUUUUAAAGAUGUUUCGUUCCAAUAAGACGCUUAAGUUUUGAAGAUGUUUCGAACUUGGUUUGUAUUUCUUCAUGAGAAAAUUAUUUCCAGCUGCUCUUUAGCUUCCAAACAUGUGAAUGAACCACAAUUAAUUAUGGGGUAAUUUCAAAUUUAU